GGGCGUUAGGAACUAUAGCUCACCGCGCGCGUGGCUAUCAAUUUAUUCAAAAUUUAAAUUUAGAUUUUUAUUUUUAAGAACAUAGAUUUUAAAAAUUCAGACUUUUUAUAGAGUAAAUAUCUUAUAAAAGCCCAUAAUUAUUUUUAAAAGCCCUUAUCGUGAGUAAUUAAAAAAAAUUAUUAAGCCCUUACAGCCCGAAAUUAAUACUCUGAGAAAAUCGUCUUACGAAACAUAAAGAAGCAUCGAUUUGAAUCAACUUUUUAAGCCAACUAAAACUUAAACUGACAUGGCUAUUAUCCGGAAACUCGUCAACCAAUCAGUGAAGCAGUUCGUCAGCCCCAGCGUGGCGUCAUCAAAACGUGUGGUGUCCACGUCACCGCGGGUGGAGCAAGGUGCUGCAGCCAUCAGCCUAGAGUCACCAGCUCUUCAGCAAUGCCCGUUCAUGAAAAGUGGCAGCGCCAUGGCAGACGACAGCACGUCACUGCAGGAGGUGACCAACGUCCAGCCGUUUAGCAGCAUGCCAGGGCCCAAAGGCCUCCCUGUACUGGGGACUCUGCUGGAUUAUUUCAAGAAGGACGGACCCAGGUUCAAUAAAAUGUUUGACGUAUACAGACAAAGAGCCCUGGAGUUUGGAGACAUCUACUACGAGAAGGUCGGCCACUUCCACAGUGUAGUGGUCAGCAGUCCUGAGGCCUACAACCGCUUGGUUCACGCCGAGGGCAAGUACCCUCACAGACGACCCAUGGUGCCCAUAGAGUACUACAGGAAGCAGAAGGGCAUUGAUCUAGGCAUUGUCAACUCUCAGGGCGAGCCGUGGUACAAACAGCGGACAGUGGCCAGCAAGAAGAUGCUCAAAUUGUCUGAGGUGACCAGCUUUAGCGCGGAGAUGGGGGAGGUCGCAGACGACUUCAUGAAGCGGCUGUCGUCUGCCCGCAACGCUCAGGGCGAGGUCCCCGCAGUCGAGAGGGAGUUCUUCAAGUGGGCCAUGGAAUCCAUGGGCACCUUCCUAUUCGAAGAACGAAUCGGGUGCCUGGGCGCUCAGCCGACGCCCCUAGCCCAGUCGUUCAUUGAAAACAUGGAGGGUUUCUUCAAAAAGCUGCAGCCCCUCAUGUACAACAUGCCCUUCUACAAGCUGUGGGCGACUAAAACAUGGAAACAGUUCGAACAUUAUUCUGAUAACGUCAUGGACAUUGGUCGCUCUAUUGUGGAGAAGAAAAUGGCCUCCAUGGAAAGCGACAAUGGAAGCAAGUCAGCCUUCAUCAGCUAUUUACUGGACAGUGGUACCAUGUCCACCAAAGAGGUCACGGCACUGGUCAUUGACCUGAUGACAGCAGCUGUAGAAACAACCUCCACCGCCAUGGUGUGGUGCCUCUACAACCUGGCCAAGAACCCUCAGGUCCAGGAGAAGAUCUACGCCGAGAUCAGCGAGGCAAAGGCUGCCAACAACGGCUCUAUCAGCGCCGAGGAGCUGAGUCGUCUGCCUCUAGUCAAAGCCGUGGUGAAGGAGACCCUGAGGCUCUACCCCAUCACGUACGCCACCAGCCGCAAUGUCCAGGAAGAUAUCGAGCUGCUUGGGUAUCGAAUCCCAGCUGGGACCCACGUACAGGCCAACCUCUAUGGUAUGUACCACAACCCCGAGCUGUUCCCCAACCCUGAAGAGUUCCUCCCAGAGCGAUGGCUGAGGGGUGAGCAAAUGGACGCCACCAUCAAGUCCACAUCCCAGCUCAUCUGGGGCCAUGGUGCUCGCAUGUGCAUAGGUCGCCGACUUGCGGAACAAGAGAUGCACAUCACCCUGUCUAAGAUCAUCCAGAACUUCACCUUAAGCUACAACCACGACGACGUGGAACCUGUGCUCAACACCAUGAUGACCCCUGACAGACCCGUCCUGGUCCAGUUCACACCCAGGGAGCAGCAUUAGACAGACACGGUCAAAGUCUGGGACAUUGUCUCAGACAGACAUAGCUUUAAACAACUGUAAACCAAGACAGACAUUAACAGACAACAAUCCUAAUGGACAGAAUUUAAAAAAAAAACAAGUAGCAAAACUACUGUCAUACAAACUUUUACCAACAUCAGAAAAAAAUAGUUAAUGAAAGACAAAAUCUUACAAAGCAAAAACAACACUGACAGACAUAAUGCCACCAUAUAAAAUUACAUUUGACAGACAAAAACAAUCCCAUCUAAACCAACAGAACAUCUUUACAGACAUAGACCGUCUAUCUUCUUCACCAGAAUUCAACUUUUUUAAUGUGAUUCAAUGGCAUCAGAGGCUUGCAGACCCAAAGUGUUUGAAAAAAACAAAAAAAGUUUUAAAAACCUCAGCAAAAUAACGAAACAAUCCCAGAUUGUUACAUCAAGAUCCAGAAAUAUUAUUUUUAAAUAUAUUUGCAAAUGUAACAGCUGAUAGUAGAGAGGGUGGAAAGCAUGAACUAACAUCCAACCACAGAUGGUUAUAGAAAUGUUUAUCUGAUGAAUGCCUUAGGUUGGAUUGUCAGCUGUAGAGACUGUUGAGGCAAUAGAAACUAAUUUUUGUGUUUUGAUAUACUUUGACUUAUGGAUGGGUGCAAUGAUACUGGCUUCACGCUCUGCUUAGAUCAUUUUUAUAAAGUGAAUCACUCAAGUUUGUUUUCUAAAAUUUUCUGUCAAAAUUCCAAAAUAAAAU